AUGUCGGGGCAGCGGGACUCAGACCCCCUGCAGCUGUCGGAGCAGCAGCUCAGGACUCUGGAGCAGAACUUCACCAACGUCAGCAAACACCCGGACGGCACCACACUCAUGCUGAUUGCAGCUGAGCAAUAUUACAGACUACCAGAGGGGACACUGGAGCUGGCCAAAAUCAGCAAAGUGUUGAUGGCCAUGGAGCAGGGAAGAGUGACGGAAUUCAAAGGAAAGAGCCUCGACCAGAUACAAAUUGAGCCUGAAGAUGGUAGGUGGGUCAGGGGGGUCAGGUGGAAGGUGGGUCAGAUGGUAGGUGGGUCAGGGGGGUCAGGUGGAAGGUGGGUCAGAUGGUAG